AUGGAUAAAAAUGAUAAGAAAAAAACUUCAGUUGAAGAGUCAGUCGUACCUGAUGGUGGAUGGGGAUGGAUCGUUGUCUUUGCAUCAUUUUUGAUCCAUUUCAUUAUGGAUGGGAUAACAUAUUCAAUGGGUCAAACGUUCUUAGAACCUAUGCGAAAUAAACUUGGACCUGAUCGAGCUUCAGUAUCAACUAUUUUCAGUAUUUUACCAGCUGUCACUCUUGGUGCAGGACCAAUCGCAACUGUUUUCACUAAUAUGUACGGAUGUCGUGCAGUGGCUAUAGGAGGUACAUGCGUUGCUGCUUUCGGUUUUUUUCUUAGUCGACUAUGGGCUAAUAUUUGGUAUUACUAUAUUACAAUUGGCAUUAUAGGAGAAGCUAGUGAACAACGACGAUUAGAACGAAAAGUGCGUAAAGAAGGUCAACAAAAACAAAACGAGGAACUUUUAAUUGUUCAGAAUGGUUCAACAACAUCAAAAAAUAAUUCUACUGAAGUUGUCACUAUUGAGAAAUCACCAAAAAAAUCUUUCUUUCAUCAAAUAAUCGAACAAAUCGAUCUCAAUCUACUCAAAAAUCUUGCAUUUACACUAUUCGUUGUAUCCAAUUUUUUAGCAAGUCUCGGCUUCAAUGUAGUUUAUAAUUAUGCUGAUGAUCUUGCAAAUGAUUCAAACGUUCAAAAAGAUGAUCGAACAUAUAUUGUUAUGUCAAUUGGUUUAUCAAAUAUUUUCGGUCGUAUUAUCAUUGGUUAUUUCGGUGAUCGAAAAUCGGUAAAUCGACUUUUCUUAUUCGCUAUAACAUUAAUUAUUUCUGGUGUUGCUACAAUAGUGGCUCCAUUAUGUGGUUCUUCUGUUUUGCCUCAUAUAGGCUAUGCAUCUACUUUUGGUUUCUUUUCGGGUGGUUACGUUGCUUUAACAGCGAUCGUUCUUGUUGAUCUAGUUGGUAUUAAUAAACUAUCAGAUGCAUUCGGUGUUCUUUUACUUUUUGUUGGCAUUGCAACUGCUGUUGGAACACCAAUUGUUGGAGCAAUGCGAGAUGCAUUUUCUCACUUUGCUCGACCUUUUCUUUGGCCUUAUUUUAUUUUUGGUGGUUGUACUAUUCUUAGCGGUGUCAUACUAUUUACUAUUCCUUUGUUACAACGAAAAAAGUCAAAUGACAAACAAGUGGAGAUGGGUUGUGAUAAUAUCUUCUCGGAAAAAGAUCUAUCAUAUGAAGAACAACAACAAAAAGUUUAA